GGGGGGCGGAUUCAAAUACGGGUGGAAGCCAUCUUGAUCCGGCUGGUGGACGUGAGUUUCUCGCAGUCGGCUCCAAAUCGAUGUCACUUUUCUCUCCCGCGAACAGAACUCGUGUCGAAUCUGAAGGGUUGGUAGAAGCGGAGUAAGGACGCGGCGGCUCGGGGGGGAAGCUGAAUCGGAUGUGGCUAGCUGAGCAGUCGGCUAACGUUUGACAGAUAGUUGAGUCCUCCUGGUGUUUUUCCCCAUCUAUGCUAAACUCUUAUCUUCUAAAAGGAACCGAUGCCCCGGGGGGUCCUCUCAACAACUGGAGGGAGGAUCGUGGUUCUUGACUCUCGGUGACAGACACACAAACAAACAUCACUGAGGAAACCUGCUGAGACCGAAGAUUUUUGGACACUUUAACCAGUACAGAUAAUAAUCACAAGUCUCAAGAGAGGACGGACACAUCUUUGAGUUUUCCUGCGGGGUCCCAGGGGAGCGGACUCGCCAAUCCAGAGACUGCUUGAAGAGGUUUUUCGUUUGCUACUGGAGCAGAAAACGGCAAACAUGAGCACGGCCAGGACGGAGAACCCGAUGAUUCUGGGCUUGUCGAACCAGAACGGGCAGCUCAGGGGCUCGGUGAAACCGGCUGGAGCCCCGGGCGGAGGUGGAGGAGGCCCCCAGCUGCAGCAGCUGCAGCUAAACCAGGUGAAAGGCACAAUCAACAAUGGCAGCUCCCAGUCGGCCCCGACGACAAACGCUGUCAUCAAGCCUGGAGAUGACUGGAAGAAGAAUUUGAAAUUGCCCCCAAGAGACACGAGGAUGAAAACUUCGGAUGUGACUGCAACAAAAGGUAACGAGUUUGAAGAUUACUGCCUCAAGAGGGAGCUGCUCAUGGGAAUCUUCGAGAUGGGCUGGGAAAAGCCAUCUCCAAUUCAGGAGGAAAGCAUUCCCAUUGCACUGUCAGGAAGGGAUAUUUUGGCCAGAGCCAAGAAUGGCACAGGGAAGAGUGGAGCCUACCUCAUUCCCUUACUUGAACGCAUUGACCUGAAGAGGGACCACAUACAAGCUGUGGUCAUAGUGCCCACCAGAGAACUGGCUCUGCAAGUCAGCCAAAUAUGUAUCCAGGUCAGCAAACGUAUGGGCGGAGUGAAGGUGAUGGCAACCACAGGUGGAACCAACUUGCGCGACGACAUUUUGAGACUCGAUGAAACAGUACAUGUGAUCAUUGCGACUCCCGGGAGGAUUUUAGACCUCAUCAAGAAAGGAGUGGCCAAAGUCAAUCAAGUGCAGAUGAUAGUUCUGGAUGAAGCUGACAAACUCUUGUCUCAGGACUUUAUGGCCAUGAUGGAGGAGAUUCUGGGCUUCCUGUCCAAACAGAGGCAGAUUCUUCUUUAUUCUGCAACCUUCCCUCUCAGUGUGCAGAAGUUUAUGAAUGCCUACUUGCAGAAACCUUAUGAGAUCAACCUAAUGGAGGAGCUGACACUGAAGGGUGUGACUCAGUAUUACGCUUAUGUAACUGAAAGGCAAAAAGUCCACUGCCUUAACACCUUGUUCUCCAGGCUCCAGAUCAACCAGUCUAUAAUCUUCUGCAACUCCUCUCAGAGAGUGGAGCUCCUUGCCAAGAAGAUCUCCCAGCUCGGUUAUUCAUGUUUCUACAUUCAUGCCAAGAUGCGACAGGAGCACCGCAACCGUGUGUUCCACGACUUCAGAAACGGCCUGUGUCGGAAUCUUGUCUGCACUGACCUCUUCACAAGAGGAAUUGACAUUCAAGCUGUGAAUGUUGUGAUCAAUUUUGACUUUCCCAAGCUGGGAGAAACGUACCUUCAUCGCAUUGGUAGAUCUGGCCGCUUUGGACACUUGGGUCUCGCCAUCAACCUCAUCACUUACGAUGAUCGCUUCAACCUGAAAGGGAUCGAGGAGCAGCUCGGAACAGAGAUCAAGCCCAUCCCUGGCAUCAUCGACAAGAGCUUAUACGUGGCAGAGUACCACAGCGAGAGUGGCGAAGAAGUCAAGCCAUGAGCCAAUCAGUCCAUCCCCCCUUCCCCUGCAUACCUUUUUCACCCCCCAGCCAACCCCACGCCCCAUCUUGGAGUGUUUUUUUUUUUUCAUUCUUUUUAUGUACAGUUUUUGUCUGUCUUCCUUUUUGGAUGCCACCAUAAGGAAUGUGUAUUUUGCUGGAAGCCUUUCAGAGGAACUCAUUUGCCUUUUCGUAGGGCGUAAGUGCUGCACCCACCACAUCUGAAGACGUGAGCAGCGCGGAGGAAAGCACGGGACAAAGUUGAAAAUAUAUCGAUGCACAUCGUGAAGAUUCAUAUCCACCACAAAGCCAGCACCGACAGACCCCCCCUCCCCCCUCUAAAAAACCGACUCCCUCCCAUUCUCCACUUUUAAUUUAGGAAGUUUUAAACAAUUUGUAUCAAGUGCCUUAACAAGCAGUUCAAGUCGUUCUAAAGUAAUAACUCUUCAUAGUCCUCCAUCUUGCUCACUUCAUACCACACUUCGCCCAAUUGACAAGUCGUCACACUAAUGUCUGACCACACAGAUGAAAGCGUCAAAUGUUUUUUCGUUGGUUCAUCCGUUUGCAAGGAAUGGAAAAACUUCUGAGGGGAGCCUGGUCUGAAUGGUCUCUCUGUUGGCUUGGCUGCACUUGAGUCUGGCUGAUAAAUGAGGACAAACUUGGAUUUUCCAUGGACAGAGAUGCUGGAUUUUUUCCAAGAGACAGCCAGACUGUCCAGUUGCUUGUGAAGGAGCUUGUGCUCCUAAAAGACCCGGACCCUUUCCUCCGUCUUCAGUAUCAGAACACUAAAAAUGAACAAGCAGCCUCUUAACACCAUGAGACACGAGGAUUCCUGUUUUCGGUGGAGUUUAAUCGGAGGGAACGCCCUUUUUCUUUUCUCUUCUUGUCCUGUGUUUCACCUCCCUAUGGAUGGCCAUACUUAAUUCUGCAAGACGUGCAGUAGACGUGGGGUGCAACACACACCUUUUGUAUAUACCUUCAUUUUAAGAUUGUUUUAAACAAGUUCAAAAGGCUGGCUGACGAGCUGCAAAGCUUCUUUUCUGUUUCUCCCCUUACUUCUCCUCUUGUUAGCACUGGAGACUUUCCUUAACUGCCAGUUUGUUUGAUCUGCAAUAUUGGCCUGUGACUUUAUUUAUAAUUUUAAAAAAUUGCAGAAUUUAUUAGAAUCUAAAACAUUUAAAUGACCCGUGUGCGCGCGAAAUGUUUUCGGAGGCAGAGUUCAUCACUGAUAAUCUUUUUAGCCCCUCCAAAUGUAAUGGCUAGUGCAAUCCCUCAAAGCUGCACUUAUACUAACGAUGGUUUCAAACUGUUGCCCUCAUUCUCCUGCUACCAGUGUUGACAAGUGCUUGGUCUAGGCAGAUGACUUUGUGUGAAGCCUGUGCAUUUGAGUAAUGAAAUCUUUUGUUGUCACCAGCCUUAACUUGUGAAAGUGACGAGACGCACUUGAAGAUCUCCAGUUACAGUGAGUCUCGUUGGAAAGAGAAAAUAUUAUUCUAUCAUGUAGUCGUACUACUCGCUGCAGUGCAGCUGAAUUGGCAGAGAAUUCGUUUUCUGGAGGAGGUGUUAGCUGUUACGUUGAUCUGUGCUCUGUAAGCACAGCUGCAGUACUUAACAAAUGUCGGGUAGGAUGCUGUGGUUUUAUCCCCCCUUUAUUAUUUGUUUUUAUUUUAUUUUCGGGAACAAUGUCUGCCCAAUGCAUCAAAAUGAACUAUCGGGCCCUAAGAUGUAGCAGGAAUUCGUUCUCUGUGCAUUGCAGGUUUAGCUGGCGUUCGCUAAAAAAAGACCAGCUAACAAAAGAUGCUUUUCUAGAAACCGACCUGAGCAGGUUGAGCUGCACUUAAACGCACAGAAAUGGGUUCAGGCAAUAACACUGACGUCACUGCUUUUUGUACACAUGAUGCCCAAAGCAGAGAGAAGUGUAUGUUGGUGCAGAAGAUGUAAAAAGAAAUGGAGGGGUAACGGGCACGAAGGAUUACAAAUGCCCUAUUCGUCAGACUGCUUGUUUAAAGAGGAGAAAAAAAACAUGGGCGCCUCAAUUUAUGGCUUAUUUUCCUGCCCUCUUUUUUGCUUUGAUGUUUUGGGUUCACGUUUUUUUGCAUUUUCAUGCAACAGAACAACCUCAGUUUGCGUUAAAAUCUUCCGACCGUUCGUUCGUCGGAAGCUUUUCUUGCAAAGUGAGAUUCCCCUUAAUGAUGGUGAGAUGCUCUCUCGACCGGUCCAAUCAAUGAGAAGUGUUAUUGCACGUUCAAUUCAAGCUCUUUUUUAAAAAGGAUAACAAGUGUGAUAAUGUUGAUUAGUUUAAGAUUUACCCUUUUAUUUCUCAUUGGUUAGGACUGUGAUCCUUGUUCGCUCAAUUCUCUUCUUGUCCCCAAGAUACUUGAACAUCUAAUUUGGCUGUUUAGAAUUUUUUUUUUUUUUUGGUGGGUGGGUGUGGGGGGGUCUGUUUCUUUAAAAAAACAAAAAUCCAAAUUAAUGAAGGCAUUAGUUGAGUGAACAGGGAUCUAAUUUUGCAGGCACUUGGCAGCUGUCUGUUUGUUGUCAACCCACUGGUAGUAAACGCCCCAGCGGCUGCUUUCGAAGCAGCAGAGCAACAAUCCCUCGCCACCUUUUGACGAGACGCCGCUUUACUGCCGCGGGCUGACAUCGCUGCCUUAAAGACUGAGACAGGAGCAUCUUGCCCUGGAUCGGGUGACUAAUUGGAAAGUUUGUGUAACCAAAAAUUGUCUCAUUCUUUAAGGUAAUAUUUCUUUUUUUUUAAAUUGCGGGGUGGUUAAAUUCGUGCACUCGCUGCCCUGAUGCAGCCGUCGGUCCUCCCUCUGCACAUUCUACGGAAAACGCAGCUCGCUGCGUACAAAUUGAAAACUCUAAUCUGUGGAGGAGGAUCUGAGAGGAGUCCCUCUGGGGGGGGGCUUCUCUCAAAACGGAUUGCAUCAGUAAAAAACAUGGGGAGGGAGGAGCCUCUGGUGCUUCACAAAAAAACAACUCAAUGGAACGAUCCAAAGUUAAGACAAUGGGUAUAAAAAUGUUUUGAAGAAAAAAAAAAAGUUGCCCUUAGAUUUGGAUUCUUUUUGUUUGUUUUUCCAAGGAAAUGUUCAAGUGGAGUUCACCUUAUUUCAAAAAAAGUAUCCAAAUUUAAGUGAAGAGUUUAAAGCCUGAGUUCAUUUUUUUAUUUUUAUUAUUUGUUGGAAAUUUGGUCAUUUACGUAAUUGGCAGAUUUAUUUUUUCAGUGGAGCUAAUUUUAUGGUGGACUUCAGUUCAGAGGAUGUCGUGAAAAUCAUCGGGCACGUUUAGUUGAAAAAUAAAAGCUCACUGAAAUUUA